CGCUGUUGCAACGUGUUGGGUGAAGUUGCUAUCUGAAAAGCAGAAUGAAUGUAUUUGAGACCUGCUUUCAGCUAGCUGCACAGGAUCCUGAUUUUCAAAACAAAUUCAACCACUGAGGUUAUUGUAAAGCCGGAAAGGAUCAUAUCUGAAAAACUGUUAGCCAUACUUGAUCUCCUUAAAACCCACUACAUUGAUCAUAUAACGGAGUCAGAGGUCAGCUGAAGGGAGACGAAAACAUGAACAGCUCACAAAACAUUCCCUCAAACGUUAGCUGCAAUUAUGAGGCUAAUUUCCAGUUCUAUUUAUUUCCAGUAGUCUACAGCAUUGUGUUCAUUCUGGGCUUGAUUGGAAAUGUUUCAGCUUUGUGUUUAUUGACCAAGAAAAUGAAGAAAGCCUCCCCAUCCUACGUGUACAUUACAAACCUGGCUGUUGUAGACAUCAUUUACAUUUGCACCUUGCCCUUUCGAAUCUGCUACCACAUAAGAAAGAAUGACUGGUCCUUUGGGGACAUAACCUGCCGGAUUACAGGGACCCUCUAUUUUGCUAACAUAUACGUCAGCCUAGCUUUUCUCAGCCUCAUUUGCAUGGACCGUUAUUUAGCAGUGGUCCACCCAAGAAAAUACAUCAGGAUGAGAAACACGCACUGCUCGAAGAUAAUCUCAGCUCUGGUGUGGAUCCUCUCCCUGACCAUCAUGCUUCCCUUAAUCUUUGGCGGUACACUCAACAACACUUUCAAAAACACAACAACUUGCUUCGAGAACUUUGACCUCGAUACCUUGUUCAACAGAAUGGCAGCCUACAACAUUCUGGCACUCUUGUUUGGUUUCUUCAUCCCGUUUACAAUCAUCAUAAUAUUUUACCCUUUGGCAGCCAAGAAAAUAACUCAGCUUAACAGUAGUGCCUACAAGGAAAAGGCUUUGACAAUGAUCCGGGUCAUUUUGGUGAUCUCAGUUGUUUGUUUUGUCCCUUAUCAUGUCACCCAUUUGUUCUAUUUCCUCGCUCGCUUGGACUUCAUUCAAAACUGUGCUUUCAAGAGCUUUCUGUACAAGUUCAGGCGAGUUACGAUGGCCUUAGUCAGCCUCAACAGCUGCUUAGACCCUCUGAUAUAUUACUUUGCAACCAACCAUUUUAGGUUAAGUUACGAUCGAAAAAAGAGAUCCAUUCAGCAAGUUUUAAAUUUCAAUAGGGAAAAAAAAUCAGUUCAGCAGGUUACCACCAUAGUCUGGCAGAAAACUGAAAUCUGAUACUGCCAGACACGUGUACAAACUAUGUCACUCAGGGUCUGAAUGUAUGCUGGUUUUGUGACUAUCCCAGCUGAGUUUUGAAGUCAAAGUAACAAUUUACUGCUUACCUAUCUCAGUGCAGUGGUCAGGAACAUGGGAACAGGAGUAAGCCAAAUAGUCCCUCGAGCCUGUUCCACCAUUCAGUGAGAUCAUGGCUGAUCUGUGGCCUAAGUCUGUAUACCUACCUUUGCUCCAUGUCCCUUGUUUAAGAAAAAUCUACAAUCUCAGACUUAGGAUGAACAAUUUAUCUAGCAUUAGUUGCCAUUUUUGGAAGAGGGUCCCAAACUGCCAUCCUUUGUGUAUGGAAGUGUUUCCUAUCACCCACUGAUUUUUACCUCAGCGGGCUGGCGCACGCCCAACCUGCUCGGGUGUAAAAUGAAAUGUGUUGACGUUGGGCGAGCGUCCUAACAUCAACACACAGUCGCACGAUAUUUCGGUCGGCG